AUGUGGUUCUCUUGGAACUACAUCCGGGAGGUGGGGCGCGGCGGGGCCGGCCGAGUCUGCGCAGAGACGACCCGCGGGAGGGUGCGACGCCGGCGCGCGAAGAGCUGGGGCUGUGCCCUGGCAGCCGAGGAGGGGGCCGCGGUGGAGCGGAAAGCGGGGUGGCCUGGAGGGGAGGUGAUUAAGGCUCUCCAGCGCGGCUGGGUCCCACAGAUCUUACCCCGGAGUGUUCGUUACAGUGCCUUCAAGACAGUUUGUAAUUUUGCUUUUGAUUUCGUCUUUCGACCCAGCGGAGUUCUUCCUGCUCGUGUGCUCCAGUUCUCGUGCAUUCUAUGUGGACGCUCUGUGCGCCUGCACCUGCACAAAGGGUGCUGGGGUGCGGGUUCCAAUCCUGGAUUUCCUCCAUCGGCAAGUCGGAGGUCCCCACUCCCGCAGGCUGGCCCCGCAGAUUUCACCUGCACAGGGGCUGCUAUAUUGACCCGCGGGGUGCGGGUGGGCCACCGAGAAGUUUCCCGCUGGGGCGCUGCCGCCUGUACCCUGGGCGCGGAGGAGCCCAGGAGGCGGGGCGCCGCGGGGCACGCCGGGACGGUGCCUCCCCGCUGGGCGGCUCCCUCCUGCCGCGCGCGCGCGCGCGCCUGGGGACUUCUGGGAGGGGCAGCCGCGCAGGCGCACUCUGCCCUGGCUGGACUGAAGCGUGCGUGGGGGCUGGGGAAGGGGUGACUGGCGAGGACGCUCGGCCACGGGACCUCCACGUGGCUGCUGUCUUCAGCCGGCCCCCCUCCCCCCCCCCCCCCCCCCCCCCCCCCCCCCCGUCCUUGGGCAGUGGCCCUGGUGAGAGGGAGUCUGUGCGGCUUCCGGUGGCGCCCCGGCUCUUACCUGCUGGAUUUUCCGCGCUGGACGCCUUUCUUGAGACCGCGACUUGCUGCGAGCAGCGCUGUAAACCGGGCCCUGUUGCAGAUCCGGGGUGUUUGGACCAUUCCGUAGAUGGGAUUAUGAUUUUACUUUUGCUGUGGCCACUACGGAAAUUUGAGUGAAGAUGGCGAAGUCAUCCGGUCGUUGGCGGCCUCUCCACUACCUCGGAGAGAAUCAACCCUUGAA